AUGGUGACAGCCUUCGCUCAACGCCACAGCCUGCCAUUGCCGACAACGAGGCGAUCCAGGAAAGAAUUGAGCAGCCCGACCGAGUGGACAGACACCCAGGAAGAAUAUUUGGACUUCCUGGAGGCUCUGAUCGUGCGCUUCAAGCGACUCUGGGUGCCGCGCGCUUCCACUACACGGCCCUGCGCCACGGCUAUCCUCUCGGACAACAGCGGUGCAACGAGCGCCUGGUCGAGUGUGGUCCUGGCCUACGAGCCAAACAACUUCUGUGCCAGACUUGGUCUUGCGCAGCUUGGGCAAUACACCGAGAACAAUAUGCACGCUUGGCUUAGCCAUGUCGAGCAGAAGGCACCGGACCUCGAUCCGGCGCUGCCCAAUGUGGUUUCCAGCUCCCUUCAGGCUGCAUCCGUCUUCGACACCGAGGUCACGCAACCUCCAUCGCAAAGUCCGGUGGAGCCAGCCGAUGUGGAUGCGGAAGUUGCACCUGUACAGCCCUUGCUUCAAGAGGAUGCCUGUUGCGAGUUCACCGCCGCUGUGUUCGAUGCCUGGGAUGCAGGGCCAGAGCCCUGA